AUGGGAUGGGUCAAGACGCUCGCCCUCGUCCUUUUAGUCGCUCAAAAUGCCUCCCUGGUGCUCACGAUGCGCAAAGCACGAACAGACGAGGGAGACAAGUUCUUCAAUACCGCAGCAGUGUUCUUUUGCGAAAUCUUAAAAAUCGUCGCUUCUUCUUUGAUUCUCCUCGUCGGCAGCCACAAGUGCAAUGUGCUCUCUUUCUACGGCGAAAUCAGCAGCGAGAUCAUCAACCGGCCCUGGGACACGCUCAAAGUCGCCGUUCCCAGCUUCAUCUACACAGUCCAGAACAACCUGCUUUAUCUGGCGGUUUCCAAUCUUCCAGCAGCUACCUUUCAAGUUUCUUACCAGCUGAAAAUCCUGACGACUGCUCUCUUCUCCGUCGCCCUGCUGAAGAAACAGCUCUCGCGGACGCAGUGGAUUUCGAUGCUGCUUCUCUUUCUUGGCGUGGCGAUCGUCCAAAGCCACGAAACGAGCGAGUCCUCCGUCGAUCCCGCUUCGCAAAACCGGCUCGUUGGCUUCUCCGCAGUCCUCAUUUCCUGCCUCUUUUCUGGCUUCGCCGGCGUCUACCUUGAGAAAAUCCUCAAGACGGGACAAGUCUCCAUUUGGCUGAGGAACAUACAGCUCGGCCUCUUUGCCGCUGUUCUCGCCGGAAUUGGAAUGAUCGCCAAAGACGGAGAACAAAUUGCCAAAAAAGGAAUUUUCUUUGGCUUCAACGGCAUCGCCCUGGCUGUGGUCUUCAACCAGGCUUUCGGGGGCCUGUUGAUCGCCGUCGUCAUCAAGUACGCGGACAACAUUGUCAAGGGCUUCGCAACCAGCAUAGCCAUCAUCGUCUCCACCAUCCUUUCCGUCAUCUUCUUCGGCUUCCAAAUACAGAGUUCGUUUGUGACAGGCGCGGCGCUGGUAAUCUGCGCCGUGUAUUUGUACUCGUUACCUGCCAAACCCAAAAAAGAUCUCUUGCCAAACUCGUUCGCCGCCGGGUCGCCUUCGAAACUAUGA